ACAAGUUACAACUACAACGUCAUGACGUCCAUAACAAAAAUUUUAAUUUUGAUCGCGACGAUCACCGCCAUCAGCGGGAAGACUAUUGACUUCAUUAUCGAUACGGAUCAGCCCAGCGCUCGGGUUUCCUACCGUGACGAAUUGUUGGAUACGCUGUCCCGCCUGGAGCUGAUCGCCCCCGAAGACGAUGAACCACUAUCACCUAAGGCAGAUACUACCAAUACCAAGUCGAUCGUCAGCCAGCAUGGAAACCAGCAGGAACAACGACAAGCGAGAUGUGCAGACAACGGACCUCAUUCAGCCAUGUCUUUCACUAGUUUUAGACAUUUGUUAAAUGUGCCAAAAAUUCCUAAGGGCGAUGUCGUAGACAAGAGAAAAGUGGAGUGUUUAAGAUGGUUUUGGCAGUAUUUUUGUGCAAAUACCGGGAUAACAUGUUUGUAG